GCUUCUCGCCUUCCGAUUGGCCAACGGCCUUCCCCCCCCCCCGGGACGUUGGGUCGCGCGCCACCGUCAAACGGUCGCCAGACGCCGCCGCGUGCACGGCGGGAACGGUCGCAAGCGGACAGACGAUGGAGGAGGAGGAGGUGGUGGAGGUGGUGGACGAGGUGGUGGAUGAUGAUGAUGAUGAUGAGGUGGUGGACUACGACGAGGUGGAGUGCGCCGAGUUGCUGCUCUCGCACUUCGCGGCUCGCCCCGUGCUCGACUUCGGGGUCCGCGGGCCCCUCGACCGCCGCUCGCUCCGCCUGCGGCUCCGUAACCCGAACGCGUGGCCCGUGGCGGCAGCCGCGGCGGUCACGGGCGCGGCGGCCGCCGUCGGAUUCAGCGUCGUGCCGGGGGAGGUGCUGGUGGAGGCUGGAGGCUGUGAGCAGGUGGCCGUGACCUGGGUUGUGCCCGAGUCAUCCGGCGCCGUGCGGCACCUCCUGAAGGUUUCCUCGGCCGAGAUCCCAGAGCUGCACGUCGUGGUCAUGGGCAGCUGUGUGGAGCGUCGCCAGCCCCGAAGGAGCAUGUGGGACCGCAUCAAGAACAAACCCCCGCCCCCCGGCGUCCGCCCGGGGUCGCUCCUCCGUCGCCAGGGCCACCGCAAACCCGGCGGCGGUGGUGGUGGUGCCGUGGGGGACCGCAGCGACGAGCGGCCGCGGGCGGCGGGGACCGCCACCGUCGUCAAGGCGAGGCCGGCCCCCGGCGUCGCCGCGGCGACCGUCGUCAAGGCGAGGCCGGCGGCGGCCCCCGGCGUCGCCGCGGCGACCGUCGUCAAGGCGAGGCCGGCGGCGGCCCCCGGCGUCGCCGCGGCGACCGUCGUCAAGGCGACCGUCGUCAAGGCGAGGCCGGCGGCGGCCCCCGGCGUCGCCGCGGCGACCGUCGUCAAGGCGAGGCCGGCGGCGGCCCCCGGCGUCGCCGCGGCGACCGUCGUCAAGGCGACCGUCGUCAAGGCGAGGCCGGCGGCGGUUCCGACGACCGUCGUCAAGGCGAGGCCGGCCCCCGGCGUCGCCGCGGCGACCGUCGUCAAGGCGACCGUCGUUAAGGAGAGGCCGGCGCUCGUGCCGCGGAGCCUCCGAUUCGGUGCCGGUGAGGCGGUGGUGGAGCCGGUGGAGGGUCCGGUGGUGGUGGAGUCUCCGGCGGUGGAGCUGGUGGAGCCGGUGGAGUCUCCGGCGGUGGAGUCUCUGGCGGUGGAGUCUCCGGCGGUGGAGCCGGUGGAGUCUCCGGCGGUGGAGUCUCCGGUGGUGGAGCCGGUGGAGUCUCCGGCGGUGGAGUCUCCGGUGGUGGAGCUGGUGGAGUCUCCGGCGGUGGAGUCUCCGGUGGUGGAGCUGGUGGAGUCUCCGGUGGAGCCGGUGGAGUCUCCGGUGGUGGAGCGGCGUGCCUCCGGCGCGCCGAAGCGCCGCAGCGCGGAGACCGGGGGGGGGGCGGCGUUCGUCGUCGCCGGGGUUACGGGGGGGGAGGAGUUUGCUGAGACCCCGGCCGGCUCUGCCACGGGGAAAGGUCGCCGCAGAUUUCUCCUCCGGGGUGAGCGCACGGCAGUGCGUCCCAGGUCAGUGGCACGUGGCUGGCAGGCGGCCAGCGGCUCGCUGCCCAGCGGGAGACUCUGCCUGGUGAAGCCGGCAGUGCGUGCACUACGGGGGGCUCCGGUUAGACACCCGCUCCCCUUCUCGGCGCGGAAUCUUUACUACGACGAGCGGUGGUUGGAGAAGCAACAGCUGGGGUUCACAGCCUUGCUCAAUCACCUCCUGGCUCCUCAUGGACUCGAGUCAGACACAGCCAGGCAGCCAGCGGUGGACCUAACCCUGGUGGUGCCGGGCGGAACCGCCACCACCAACAACAACCACAACAACAACCACAGCAACAACCACAACAACAACCACAACAACCACAACACCGCAACAAUCGGCAAACCCAGCUGCGGUGUUGGAGGUGGUGGUGUUGGAGGUGGUGGUGCAGGUGGUGGCGUUGGUGGUGGUGUUGGUGGUGUUGGUGUUGUUGGUGGUGGUGUUGUUGGUGUUGGUGGUGUUGUUGGUGUUGUUGGUGGUGGUGUUGUUGGUGGUGUUGUUGGUGGUGGUGGUGGCGUUGCUUUGCCGAUGUCUCUCCGCCGUGCGGCCCUGCGACUCUUCUGCCGGCGGGGGUUCUCACAAUCCGUCGCCCGGCUCGAGGCCGACAUCGAGAGCGGCAGGAUUGCGGUGCGGAGAGACCACGACAUGUGGAGAGACAUCGGGGAACGGAGGAAGAUCGUUCAAUGGCUGCUCAGCUACAACUCGCUGUGGCUUCGCAUCGGCCUGGAGGCUGUGUUUGGUGAGGAGGUUCCGAUGAACAGCCACUCUGACUGUGUGAGCCUCAGUCGCUUUGUCGUGGGCCGGCUGCUAUGGGACCAGAGCACGGCCACAGAAUACUCACACCCCACUGUGCCUCACCUGUACAGGGAUGGCAUGCUGGAGGCUCUGUCACGGUUCACUCUGCGGAGGCUGCUGCUGCUGAUUCUCUUCCUGGACGAGGCCAAAACGCAGCGACUCAUCGCUCACGACCCAUGCCUCUUUAGACUCGACUCUCCCUUCAAGAGCACCAGGGAGCUGGUUCUCGCUGUGAGCCGGGACCACGUGUCUGCGUGCGUGGGGGAUCUCUGUCGCCGCCUCGUCUCCCUCGGCUUCUCCCUGCAGCAUCGUCAAGGAGCCCUGAGCGAGUUUGCGUUCAGAGUCCACAACCUGGGGACCGACCUCCGCUGUGGCGUCAGGCUCACGAGGCUGGUGGAGCUGCUGAGUGGACAGGUGUCGCUGUGCCCCCAGCUCAGGGUCCCUGCGGAGUCUCGGCUCAACAAGAUCCACAACGUGGACCUGGCACUCAGAGCACUGACACUGUGUGGGGUGAGGCUCACAGACUCACACGGGAGACAGAUCGAGUCUAGGGAUGUCGUCAAUGGCCACAGGGAGAAGACCCUCGCUCUGUUGUGGCAGCUCGUUCUGCAUUUCCAGGUGAGGGUUUUGCUGGACAAGGCGCGUCUCAGGAAGGAGAUUGAACGACUGCAGCUGCACUCAGCAGCAGCCGGCAGAGAGGAGGUGCAGGAGGAGGUGCAGGAGGAGGAGGUGGAGGAGGUGGAGGUGGAGGAGGUGGAGGAGGAGGAGGAGGAGGUGUCACUGCUACUGCAGUGGUGCAGGGCCGUGUGUGGGAGAUACGGAGUGAAGGUAGACAACCUCUCUGUGUCUCUCUCUGACGGCCGGGCGCUCUGCUGGCUGAUCCACUACUACCACCCCGAGCUCGUUCCAGCCUCGUCCAUCCACGCCCUCACCACACUCACCACCACACUCACCACGGCCUGGGACGAUGCAGAGCAUCAGCAGCAGCAGCAUCAGCAGCAGCAGCAGCUGCAGCUACAGCACAACGCGGUACACAACGUGCGUCUAGCGGCAAGGGCUGCCUCACAGCUGGGCGGCAUCCCAAGCAUGUUGCACCCUGACGAUGUGGCCAACACCAUCCCGGAGAAGAAGGUGCUGGUGGUGUUUGUCAGCUUCCUCUGCGCCCGCCUCCUGGAUGAGUCUGUGGAGUGCCGUGCAGCACGACUUCUUCAAGCUGCGUGGAGGAGACACAGGCUGCACCAGAAGACUCAGCGAGCUGCCGGCGUUCUGCAGAGGGCAGGUCGCAGCUUCCUGCAACGUCAACUCCGGGCCGCCCCCCCCCACGCACCCCCCCACGCACCCCCCCACGCCCCCGAGCGGCGGGGGGAGGGGCAGCGGCAAGGUGGACCCCUGGGCGGCGGCAGCAGCAGCAGCAGCAACAGGAGCAGCAGGAGCAGCAGCAGCAACAGGAGCAGCAGGAGCCUCUCCCAGCCUCGUGAAGGCGGCGGGCAGGGCAGCAGGCGUCUGUCUCAAGAUGGCGGCGAUCUUCAGGUCAGCAGGCGUCUGUCUCAAGAUGGCGGUGAUCUUCAGGUCAGCAGGCGUCUGUCUCAAGAUGGCGGCGAUCUUCAGGUCAGCAGGCGUCUGUCUCAAGAUGGCGGUGAUCUUCAGGUCAGCAGGCGUCUGUCUCUCGGCGGUGAUCUGCGGGAAGGGCAGCCGCCGUGUGAAGACUUUCCGCAGGGCAGCAGCAGUCUUGCGUCACGUGACGUCGGCCUGCGGGAAGGGCAGCCGCCCUGUGAAGACUUUCCGCUGGGCAGCAGCAGUCUUGCGUCACGUGACGUCGGCCUACGGGAAGGGCAGCCGCCCUGUGAAGACUUUCCGCUGGGCAGCAGCAGUCUUGCGUCACGUGACGUCGGCCUACGGGAAGGGCAGCCGCCGUGUGAAGACUUUCCGCUGGGCAGCAGCAGUCUUGCGUCACGUGACGUCGGCCUACGGGAAGGGCAGCCGCCGUGUGAAGACUUUCCGCAGGGCAGCAGCAGUCUUGCGUCACGUGACGUCGGCCUGCGGGAAGGGCAGCCGCCCUGUGAAGACUUUCCGCGGGGCAGCAGCAGUCUUGCGUCACGUGACGUCGGCCUACGGGAAGGGCAGCCGCGUCUCCAGCCAGAGGACGAGGAGGAUUUUGCGCGCGGCCGUGGGAAGGGAGCGGCCUGGGUGUUGGUCGACGGAGCGGACGGCUGGGGGCACGUGGAGUGGCUCGAGGUGCCUCGGGAGGAGCUGCCCUCGGCCCUCGGCACUCGGCCCGACCACGGCUCGGACUCCGUGGACGAGGAGGAGGAGGAGGAGGAGGGGCGUCGGGGAUUCCUCUCGCGCUGCCGAGAUCUCCAGGAGUGGCACAGGGCUCGCCUGGUAGGCCGAGCGGAGAGACGCGCCUACCUCAGGCUGCACGGAGCUGCCGUCGUUCUGCAGGCCGCCUGUCGUGGACAUCGGUCGAGGAGAGAUCUUCGCAAGAGACGGGAAGCCGCCGCCAAGAUCCAGGCGUGGUACAGGGCUCGCCGGGAGGGCCGAGCGGACAGACGGUCGUUCCUCAGGCUACGCGGAGCUGCCGUCGUUCUUCAAGCCGCCUAUCGUGGACAGGCGUCCAGGAGAGAUCUUCGUGAGAGACGUGAAGCCGCUACCAAAAUUCAGGGGUGGUACAGGGCUCACCGUGCGGGCCGAGAUGAAAGACGGUCGUUCCUCAGGCUACGUGAAGCUGCCAUCGUUGUUCAGGCCGCCUACCAUGGACUUCGGUCGAGGAGAGAUCUUCACAAGAGACGUGAAGCUGCUACCAAGAUCCAGGCAUGGCACAGGGCUCGCCGUGCGGGGCGGAGAGACAGACGGUCGUUCCUCAGGCUACGUGAAGCUGCCAUCGUUCUUCAGGCCUCCUAUCGUGGACAGGCGUCCAGGAGGGAGUUGCUGAGGAGGCAUGAAGCAGCUACCAAGAUCCAGGGGUGGUACCGGGGCAGCAGCAAGAGACUCAAGUUCCUGGCCAUGCGGGGAGCCAGCGUGGCUGUCCAGCAGUGGUACAGGGCUCACCAGGUAGGCCGAGCGGACAGACGGUCGUUCCUCGGGCUACGUGAAGCUGCCAUCGUUCUUCAGGCCGCCUAUCGGGGACAGGUGUCUAGGAGAGAUCUACUUAGAAGGCAUGAAGCAGCUACCAAGAUCCAGGCGUGGUACCGGGGCAGCAGCAAGAGACUCAAGUUCCUGGCCAUGCGGGGAGCCAGCGUGGCUGUCCAGCAGUGGUACAGGGCUCGCCGUGCGGGCCGAGCCGACAGACGGUCGUUCCUCAGGCUACGUGAAGCUGCCAUCGUUGUUCAGGCUGCUUACCGUGGUCACGUGUCUAGGAGAGCUUUACUCAGAAGGCAUGAAGCAGCUACCAAGAUCCAGGGGUGGUACAGGGCUCACCGGGAGGGGCGGAGAGAGAGACGGUCGUUCCUCAGGCUACGUGGAGCUGCUGUCGUUCUGCAAUCCGCCUAUCGUGGUCACGUGUGUAGGAGAGCUUUACUUAGAAGGCAUGAAGCAGCUACCAAGAUCCAGGCGUGGUACCGGGGCAGCAGCAAGAGACUCAAGUUCCUGGCCAUGCGGCGAGCCAGCGUGGCUGUCCAGCAGUGGUACAGGGCUCACCAGGUAGGCCGAGCAGACAGACGGUCGUUCCUCAGGCUACGUGAAGCUGCCAUCGUUGUUCAGGCUGCUUACCGUGGUCACGUGUCAAGGAGAGAUCUACUUAGAAGGCAUGAAGCAGCUACCAAGAUCCAGGCGUGGUACAGGGCUCGCCGUGCUGGCCGAGCGGACAGAUGGUCGUUCCUUGAGCUACGUGGAGCUGCCAUCGUUCUGCAGGCCGCCUAUCGUGGACAUCGGUCGAGGAGAGAUCUUCACAAGAGACGUGAAGCUGCUACGAAGAUCCAGGGGUGGUACAGGGCUCACCGUGCGGGCCGAGAUGAAAGACGGUCGUUCCUCAGGCUACGUGGAGCUGCUGUCGUUCUGCAAGCCGCCUAUCGUGGUCACGUGUCUAGGAGAGCUCUACUUAGAAGGCAUGAAGCAGCUACCAAGAUCCAGGCGUGGUACCGGGGCAGCAGCAAGAGACUCAAGUUCCUGGCCAUGCGGGGAGCCAGCGUGGCUGUCCAGCAGUGGUACAGGGCUCACCAGGUAGGCCGAGCGGACAGACGGUCGUUCCUUGAGCUACGUAGAGGUGCCGUCGUUCUGCAAGCCGCCUACCGUGGUUACGUGUCUAGGAGAGCUUUACUCAGAAAGCAUGAAGCAGCUACCAAGAUCCAGGCGUGGUACAGGGCUCACCGGGAGGGGCGGAGAGAGAGACGGUCGUUCCUCAGGCUGCGCGAAGCUGCCAUCAUUGUUCAGGCCGCCUAUCGUGGUCAUGUGUCUAGGAGAGCUCUACUAAGAAGGCAUGUUGCAGCUACCAAGAUCCAGGGGUGGUACCGGGGCAGCAGCAAGAGACUCAAGUUCCUGGCCAUGCGGCGAGCCAGCGUGGCUGUCCAGCAAUGGUACAGGGCUCACCAGGUCGGCCGAGCGGACAGACGGUCAUUCCUCAAGCUACGUGAAGCUGCCAUCGUUGUUCAGGCUGCUUACCGUGGUCACGUGUCAAGGAGAGCUUUACUUAGAAGGCAUGAAGCAGCUACCAAGAUCCAGGCGUGGCACAGGGCUCGCCGUGCGGGCCGAGCGGACAGACGGUCGUUCCUUGAGCUACGUGGAGCUACCAUCGUUCUGCAGGCCGCCUAUCGUGGACAUCGGUCGAGGAGAGAUCUUCACAAGAGACGUGAAGCCACUACCAAGAUCCAGGCGUGGUACAGGGCUCACCGUGCGGGCCGAGAUGAAAGACGGUCGUUCCUUGAGCUACGUGGAGCUACCAUCGUUCUUCAGGCCGCCUAUCGUGGACAGGCAUCAAGGAGAGAUCUUCGCGAGAGGCAUGAAGCCGCCACCAAAAUCCAGGCAUGGUACAGGGCUCACCAGGUAGGGCGAGCGGACAGACGGUCGUUCCUUGAGCUACGUAGAGCCGCCACCAAGAUCCAGGCGUGGUACAGGGCUCACCAGGAGGGGCGGAGAGAGAGACGGUCGUUCCUCAGGCUACGUGAAGCUGCCAUCGUUGUUCAGGCUGCUUACCGUGGUCACGUGUCAAGGAGAGAUCUUCGCAAGAGACGUGAAGCCGCUACCAAGAUCCAGGCGUGGUACCGGGGCAGCAGCAAGAGACUCAAGUUCUUGAUCAUGCGGGGAGCCAGCGUGGCUGUCCAGCAGUGGUACAGGGCUCACCGGGAGGGGCGGAGAGAGAGACGGUCGUUCCUUGAGCUACGUGGAGCCGCCGUCGUUCUUCAGGCCUCCUAUCGUGGACAGGCGUCCAGGAGGGAGUUGCUGAGGAGGCAUGAAGCCGCUACCAAAAUCCAGAGGUGGCACAGGGCUCACCGUGCGGGCCGAGAUGAAAGACGGUCGUUCCUCAGGCUACGUGGAGCUGCCAUCAUUCUUCAGGCCGCCUAUCGUGGUCACGUGUGUAGGAGAGAUCUACUAAGAAGGCAUGUUGCAGCUACCAAGAUCCAGGCGUGGUACCGGGGCAGCAGCAAGAGACUCAAGUUCCUGAUCAUGCGGGGAGCCAGCGUGGCUGUCCAGCAGUGGUACAGGGCUCACCAGGUAGGCCGAGCGGACAGACGGUCGUUCCUUGAGCUGCGCGAAGCUGCCAUCAUUGUUCAGGCUGCCUAUCGUGGACAGGCGUCCAGGAGAGAUCUUCACAAGAGACGUGAAGCCACUACCAAGAUCCAGGGGUGGUACAGGGCUCACCUGGAGGGGCGGAGAGAGAGACGGUCGUUCCUCAGGCUACGUGAAGCUGCCAUCAUUCUUCAGGCCUCCUAUCGUGGUCAUGUGUCUAGGAGAGCUCUACUUAGAAGGCAUGUUGCAGCUACCAAGAUCCAGGCGUGGUACCGGGGCAGCAGCAAGAGGCUCAAGUUCCUGGCCAUGCGGGGAGCCAGCGUGGCUGUCCAGCAGUGGUACAGGGCUCACCAGGUAGGCCGAGCGGACAGACGGUCGUUCCUUGAGCUACGUAGAGGUGCCAUCGUUCUUCAGGCCGCCUAUCGUGGACAGGCAUCAAGGAGAGAUCUUCACAAGAGACGUGAAGCCACUACCAAGAUCCAGGGGUGGUACAGGGCUCACCGUGCGGGCCGAGAUGAAAGACGGUCGUUCCUCAGGCUACGUGGAGCUGCCAUCAUUCUUCAGGCCUCCUAUCGUGGACAGGCGUCCAGGAGGGAGUUGCUGAGGAGGCAUGUUGCAGCUACCAAGAUCCAGGCGUGGUACUGGGGCAGCAGCAAGAGGCUCAAGUUCCUGAUCAUGCGGGGAGCCAGCGUGGCUGUCCAGCAGUGGUACAGGGCUCACCAGGUAGGCCGAGCAGACAGACGGUCGUUCCUCAGGCUACGCGGAGCUGCCAUCGUUCUGCAAGCCGCCUAUCGUGGUCACGUGUCUAGGAGAGAUCUACUUAGAAGGCAUGAAGCAGCUACCAAGAUCCAGGCGUGGUACAGGGCUCACCGGGAGGGACGGAGAGAGAGACGGUCGUUCCUCAGGCUACGUGAAGCUGCCAUCAUUGUUCAGGCCGCCUAUCGUGGACAUCGGUCGAGGAGAGAUCUUCACAAGAGACGUGAAGCCACUACCAAGAUCCAGGGGUGGUACAGGGCUCACCGUGCGGGCCAAGAUGAAAGACGGUCGUUCCUCAGGCUACGUGAAGCUGCCAUCAUUGUUCAGGCCACCUACCGUGGUCACGUGUCAAGGAGAGAUCUAAUUAGAAGGCAUGAAGCAGCUACCAAGAUCCAGGGGUGGUACAGGGCUCACCGGGAGGGGCGGAGAGAGAGACGGUCGUUCCUCAGGCUACGUGGAGCUGCUGUCGUUCUGCAAUCCGCCUAUCGUGGUCACGUGUGUAGGAGAGCUUUACUUAGAAGGCAUGAAGCAGCUACCAAGAUCCAGGCGUGGUACAGGGCUCACCGGGAGGGGCGGAGAGACAGACGGUCGUUCCUCAGGCUACGUGAAGCUGCCAUCGUUCUUCAAGCCGCCUACCGUGGUCACGUGUCUAGGAGAGCUUUACUCAGAAGGCAUGAAGCCGCCACCAAAAUUCAGGCGUGGUACAGGGCUCGCCGUGCGGGCCGAGCGGACAGACGGUCGUUCCUUGAGCUACGUGGAGCUGCCAUCGUUCUGCAGGCCGCCUAUCGUGGACAUCGGUCGAGGAGAGAUCUUCACGAGAGACGUGAAGCCGCUACCAAGAUCCAGGGGUGGUACAGGGCUCACCGUGCGGGCCGAGAUGAAAGACGGUCGUUCCUCAGGCUACGUGGAGCUGCCAUCAUUGUUCAGGCCGCCUACCGUGAACAGGCGUCCAGGAGGGAGUUCCUGAGGAGGCAUGAAGCAGCUACCAAGAUCCAGGGGUGGUACAGGGCUCGCCGGGAGGGCCGAGCGGACAGACGGUCGUUCCUCAGGCUACGCGGAGCUGCCAUCGUUCUUCAGGCCGCCUAUCGUGGACAUCGGUCGAGGAGAGAUCUUCACGAGAGACGUGAAGCCACUACCAAGAUCCAGGCUUGGUACAGGGCUCACCGUGCGGGCCGAGAUGAAAGACGGUCGUUCCUCAGGCUACGCGGAGCUGCCAUCGUUCUGCAGGCCGCCUAUCGUGGACAUCGGUCGAGGAGAGAUCUUCACGAGAGACGUGAAGCCGCUACCAAGAUCCAGGCUUGGUACAGGGCUCAGCUUGCCGGUCGGCGUGAGCGUCACCUGCGGAAGCUGCUUCGUGAUGUGAGUGUCCGCUGCUGCGUCUUGGUCAUCCAGAGGGCGGUGAGGGAGCACCGCUCCCUAGUCACAGCCUCGCAGAGCCUGCCACACAUCGUCACCAUACAGCGAUGGUGGCGACGGUGCUUGUCCGUCGUGCGGCACCGGCGCCACACGCAGGCGGCCACGCUGAUCCAGGCGAUGGUGCGAGGACACGCGGCACGGAGGCGGUGGGCCACACUCAGGACAGCCGCUGUGUGCAUCCAGGCGGUGUGGCGAGGUCUCUGUGUCCGCCGUCGUUUGCGCAUAGCAGCAGCAGCUGGAGGUGUGGGUGGAGGUGUGCGUGACCACCGUGUGCUAGAGGUGUCCACGCGGCUGUCGAGGGAGUGCUGUGAGUCUCUGGCGUCUCUGGGCGUCGUGACGGAGCUGCUGACGCUGAUGGCCGCGUGCAACCGCAGCCUGCCCAGCCUGGAGGCCUUGCUGCUGGACGUCACCGUGCUGCUGAACCUCGCCAAGUACGAGGUGACGGCACCGGCGGUGCGGGCAGACCCUCGCUGGCCGGCGCUCCUCCUCCACACACUGCUGGUGUCACGACUGUCUGACCCCACGGGGUCACUCUUCAGUAGGAGCUGCUGCCUACUGGCGGCAGUGUGCAGGGGCUCGCAGAGCUCCAGGCGGGUAGGCAGAGACACGGACACACUCAGAGAGACACAGAGACACUCACAGAGACACACAGAGACACACAGAGACACACAGAGACACACAGAGACACACAGAGAGACACAGAGAGACACAGAGAGACACAGAGAGACACAGAGAGACACAGAGACGCUCCUCCUCCUCCACACACUGCUGGUGUCACGACUGUCUGACCCCACGGGGUCACUCUUCAGUAGGAGCUGCUGCCUCCUGGCGGCUCUGUGUAGGGGCUCGCAGACUGCCAGGCGGGAUCUGCUGGGAGCUCCCCAUGCCAGCUCCCAGCUCCACUCGCUCCACCGCCUCCUCUGCAAAGCCCCUCCCCCCAUAGCCCCUCCCCUCAACGCCCCCAAAGCCCCUCCCCUCAAAGCCCCUCCCCUCAAAGCCCCUCCCCUCAAAGCC